CGUUUGCAGUGCUCUAACUGCGCAAGUCUUUUACAGUGUUGUAAACAUAUCGACUACAUAAUUCAUAGAGAUUGCUAUGAAUUGUUCAGUUCAUUGGUACAUUCGUGUAAACUCGUCAUGACUCUUACGAUAUAUUUUUUUAACAAGGCGUUAUAAAUAGCAACGUAAUACCGUUAAAUCGCGAUACUGGUAUCUCAACAAUGGCAUCAGAAGACGAAAUUAACAUUCUGGUCAUGGUGAUAGAUGUCAACCCUAUUUGGUGGGGCCAGCAAACACAAAGGGAUCCUAAGUUCACCCUCACAAAAUGUUUGGAUGCUUUGAUGGUUCUGGCAAAUUCCCAUUUAAUUAUGGCAAGGUCCAACAAAUUAGGCAUCAUUGCAAACCUCUAUCAAGAGAGCCACUUCCUAUAUCCAAGUAAGAAGUGGAAAUCUGGGGAUGUGUUAUCUGCUAAUGGUGAUGGCAAAUAUGAGCUUCUGUCAUUUGCCAAUGAUCUCUUAGCGGAAGAGCUGAGAAAUCUCUUGGACAGUACAGAGGUCAGCAGCAAUCAAACAGACACUUUAUUGGCCGGAUCACUCUCCAGAGCUUUGUGUUGUAUCCUGUACCUCUCAUAUAUACAGUACAGAUCAGUCGCUAAAGAGAUCACAUAUAUCCAUCGAGUCUCUAAGGAAGUGGAAGCUGGGCAGGAUGUGAAAUCAAGGAUCUUGGUUAUAAAAGCAGCUGAGGACUGUACAUUGCAGUACAUGAACUUCAUGAAUGUGAUCUUUGCAGCACAGAAGAAGAAUAUCCUGAUUGAUGCCUGUGUGUUGGACACUGACUCAGGACUUUUGCAACAGGCUUGUGACAUAACUGGGGGCUUGUAUCUUAGAAUUCCACAGAAAAUUGCUCUGACUCAGUAUUUGUUGUGGGUAUUCUUACCAGAUGCAGACCAACGCUCUCAAUUGUUAUUGCCGCCUCCAGUACAUGUAGACUACAGAGCUGCUUGCUUCUGCCACAGGAACCUUAUUGAAAUAGGCUAUGUCUGUUCAGUGUGCCUAUCAAUAUUCUGUAACUUUAGUCCAAUCUGCACAACAUGCGAGACUGCCUUUAAAAUGCCACUGCCUCAGAUGGCUAAAACAAAGAAGAAGAAACUUAAAACUGUGAACUGACCCAAUCUACCCACAUACUGGUUACCUCACAAAUCUGUAAUUGUAAAUGCAAGGUUCCCCCCCCUGAGUAUUUUGUUGAAUAGCAUAUCUUACCACAUAUUUUGUGCUUUGAGUGGGAGGAACAGGUAAAAAAAAAUUUGAUAUGUUUAUUUGAAUAGUAUGUUUUGAUAAUGUUUAACUACAUAUUAAAAAAAAAACUCUUUUAAAAAAUCAAGGCCAUUGCAUGUUUAAUUUGAAGGUAAUAUCUAUUUAUCUGUAUAUAAAACCAGUACACAGUAACAUUGGGGCCUUCACUCUUUCUGCUUUCACAGCUUGCUCAUAAACAAUUGUUUCGUUAAUUUUUUGGCAGCUGGAUUUGGGAAGGAGUGCCAGUAUUGAUAGAGUACAAAGAAACAGGGCCUCAUUCAUGAGACAUUCGUAUAUAUAAUAAUGUGUUCAUUAGGAGUAAUUUGCAUGCAAAUUGGACCUUCACAAAUAUUUUCUGCCCCACAUGUGUGUUGUGUAUGUUAGUGAAUUCCAAACAUUUGUAAAUGGGGCUCACUGUAGAAUGUGUGCACACAUUCACAAUUUGCAUAAUCCAUGGACAACACCCAUUAAAAACCACAUACAAGGAAAGCAUCAG